AUGGGCCUCCUCGAUUGUAUCGCGUGCCUCCUCACUUGUGGAUGCAGUUCCGCAGACUCAUUCGAUGACAACAGCAGGCGUCCUGGUGCUACAGUACGACGAUAUCCUUCUCCACCCUCAGGACAUCACCGCUCGCGACACCGCCGCCAUAUCGAAUUCUGGGAUGAUACGGAAUUGGACCCGAUGGCAGGUGGUGGUCGGCAUAGGAUGGACAUGGGUGGCAUGUGGAUAAGCGGUAUGGGUCCGAUGCUAGGACCGAUGCGAGGACGGGGAAGGUGGAGGAGAGGAGGGACAAUGGGUAUGGGUGAUCUGGCAUUCGGAGAUAUGGAAGCUAUGGAGAUAGAGAUGAUGAGGGGAAGGGGUAUGCACGGGAGAGGGAUUCGAGGCAGAGGGAUGAUGGGUAGAGGCAGGCGUGGGAUGGGUAUGGGAGGCAUGGGUAUGAAUGAUAUAGAGGGGGAUAUGGGUGUGGGUGGCAUGGGCAUGGGAGGAUUUGGUAUGGGUGAUAUGCAGGGGAAUAUGGGUAUGAUGGGAGGAUUCGGCCCUAUGAUAGAUCCCAUGGGCAUGAGAGGCAUACAACGAAGCCGCAGGGGCAGAAGAGGUCGAGGUCGAAGUCAAGCACGCCGAGGUGGCGCGAUGGGUGCACUGGGAGCACUGAAUGAGGAGGUUGGAGAUGGUGGAGGACCUACCGACGGUGCAGCGAUGACGGGUCUGUUCCACGGAGGAGGGGAUGACGCUCCGGGUUCCGCUGGAGGUGAUGAUCCAGAUGAUUUACCACCAGCGUAUGGGUCCAGAGAAGACUUAAGCGGAACAGGUCACCUAGGAGGCAUAUCAUAG